AUGCCGAACGAGGGCGAACGGCCAACCACCGCCGACAAGGGCAAGGGCAAGGUUGAUGAUGUCCGCGAGCUAAAUGGCAAGAAGCCCCAAAAGGAUGAGAAGGCCCCAGUAGAGGGAAAGAAGAAGGAUGAGGAACCACAGGAAGAGGAGCUCAGCGAGGAGGACCAAGAAUUGAAAAAUGAACUCGAGAUGCUUGUCGAGCGGUUAAAGGAGCCGGACACCUCCCUCUACGGACCUGCUUUGGAUGCAAUCAAGAACUUUAUCAAGACUUCAACCUCUUCCAUGACGGCCGUUCCGAAGCCUCUCAAAUUCCUCCGACCGCAUUACGAUGAACUCGCAGAGCUGUACGAGAAAUGGACAGCGGGCUCUGUCAAGGACUCGCUGGCUGAUAUGCUUUCCGUACUCGGUAUGACAUACGGAGAUGAGGAGAAGCUGGAGACGAUCAAGUACCGCCUGUUGGCUAAGUCCGAGGAUCUUGGCUCAUGGGGCCACGAAUAUGUCAGACACUUGGCGCUCGAGAUUGGACAAGAAUAUCAGAACCGGUUGAACGCAGAGAAGGAGACUCAAGAUUUGGUGGACCUUGCAUUGUCGCUGGUUCCCUAUUUCCUGGGUCACAACGCCGAGGCCGAUGCCGUUGAUCUUAUGAGUGAAUUGGAGAUAAUUGAGGACAUUCCUCGAUUUGUGGACGAGAACACAUAUGCUCGAGUCUGCUUGUAUAUGGUCAGCAUGGUCAACCUGCUCACCUAUCCCGAAGACCAGCAGUUCCUCCGCACAGCCCACGAGAUUUACGUUCGCUACAACAAGCUUUCUCAAGCCAUUGUUCUUGCCAUCAGAUUGAACGACAUCGAUCUCAUCAAGAGUGACAUUAAUGCCACCACCGACAGGGCCCUCAAGAAGCAAAUGGCAUUCUUGGUCGCGCGACAACAAAUUUGGCUCGAUCUUGACGAGGAUCAUGAGGAUGCCGACUCUCUGUUGGACUGUCUGAACAACACUUCUAUCCCGAACCACUUCAAGUCCCUCGGCAAGGAGCUUAACAUUCUGGACCCCAAGAUGCCCGAGGAUAUUUACAAGACUCACCUGGAGAGCAGUCGCGGAGCAGGUCUCACAAACCUCGACUCGGCACGACACAACCUGGCCAGCGCCUUCGUUAACUCUUUCGUGAACGCCGGUUUUGGUAACGAUAAGAUGAUGAUCGUUGAUGGUGAGAAGGGUCCGUGGGUGUGGAAGACCAAAGACGACGGCCAGCUCUCUACGACAGCCUCGUUGGGUAUGCUCAUGCACCGGGAUGUUGAAGAGGGUUUGAACAAGAUCGAUAAGUUCACUUACGCCGAUGAGGAUCAGGUCAAAGCCGGCGCCCUUCUCGCGACUGGUAUCCUGAACUCUGGAGUUCGCUUUGACUCCGACCCAGCCCUUGCUCUCUUGAGUGACCCCGAUAACCUGGAGUCAAAGAGUCGACCUAUGCGGCUCGCAUCGAUUAUGGGUCUUGGUCUAGCGUAUGCUGGCUCGAACAAAGAAGAGCUGUUGGAUGUGCUGCUUCCGAUUGUUGAAGACACCUCGUUAGAUAUGCAGCUGUCUGCCAUGGCAGCAGUCUCGCUUGGUCUUAUCUUCGUGGGAUCAUCAAAUCACCAGGUGAGCGAGGUGAUUGCCACAACUUUAAUGGACGAGGAGCGUCAGAAGCAACUAAAGGACAAGUGGACACGUUUCAUGGCCCUUGGUUUGGCUCUGCUUUACUUCGGUCGGCAGGAGGAAGUUGAUGUCGUUCUCGACAUCCUGAAAGCGAUUGAUCAUCCCAUGGCGAAGCCCACCUCAGUCCUUGCAUCAGUCUGUGCCUGGGCUGGCACAGGAACUGUGCUGAAGCUGCAAGAACUCCUUCACAUCUGCAACGACAUAAUUGAGGAGAAGGAGGAGAACAAGGGAGAUGAGCUCGUUCAGUCAUAUGCUGUACUAGGUCUGUCACUCAUUGCUAUGGGUGAGGAUGUUGGCCAGGAUAUGAUUCUUCGCCAGUUUGGCCAUCUCAUGCACUACGGUUCCAGUAACAUUCGUCGGGUUGUGCCCCUCGCCAUGGGUCUUGUUAGUCCUAGCAACCCUCAGAUGAAGAUUUACGAUACCCUGUCCCGAUACAGUCACGACAAUGACAACGAGGUCGCCAUCAACGCCAUCUUUGCUAUGGGUCUGUGUGGUGCCGGUACCAACAACGCUCGUCUAGCCCAGCUUCUGCGGCAAUUAGCCAGCUACUACCACCGUGACCAGAACGCUCUAUUCAUGGUCCGCAUUGCUCAGGGUCUGCUUCACAUGGGUAAAGGAACCAUGACUCUCAACCCAUUCCACACCGACCGACAGGUUCUUUCUCGUGUCUCGGCGGCUGGUCUUCUCACAGUACUUGUGUCUUUGAUUGAUGCCAAGCAAUUUAUUCUCGCCGAGCACCACUACUUGCUCUACUUCCUUAUCACAGCCAUGUUCCCGCGGUACCUUGUCACUCUUGACGAGGACCUGCAACCGCUUACCGUCAACGUGCGCGUGGGUCAAGCUGUUGAUGUCGUUGGUCAGGCUGGUCGGCCAAAGACCAUCACCGGAUGGCAGACCCAGAGCACUCCGGUGCUGCUAUCUUACGGCGAGAGAGCCGAGCUUGAGGAUGAGCAGUACAUUCCUCUUAGCAGCACACUCGAGGGCUUGGUCAUUCUGCGCAAGAACCCCGACUGGGAAAGCCCCGAAUAA